AUGGUCUCUAAUGGUGAUAACUCAUUUUUUCAAGAUUAUAAAAAUGUCCUCAACUCAAAAGCCAAUGAAGAAUCCCUGGCAAAUUUUGCAUGGUGGGAACCCAGUCAUGGUCGUUUCAGUUUCGGUCAUCCAUGGAAACAAUACUUGAAGAUUGGUGUCCUUUCUCGCCAAUGCGCUUACCAAAUUGAAACUCUCAAUGGCUACAUAAACAAUCAGCAUCAGGCACCAUUAGAAUUUCGAAGAAAAAUUCAACAAGCAUGCACAAAGCUGAGCUCAGAAUCAAGCAAGGCUUUAAAGGAAUUAGCCUCAGCCAUCAAAAAUAUGACAAAUCCAUCUUCUUGUGAUCUCCAUCUUCAAAACUCCAAAACAGCUGUUGAGGAAUUGAAAAUUGCACUUGAGGCUUCUAUGACAGUAGAAACAGACCUCCUCGAAGUCAUAUCAGCCGUUACAGUUGCUUCAAUACUGAUUAACAUCAUUGACUGCGUCGAAAAUAUUUCAGAAUCCAUCCAUGAGCUUUCAGACCAAGCUCGUUUCAAGACAGUGAAAUCAAAUAUAACUCCUGAGAAACCACAGUUAUUUCAUUGUGGGAGCGUAAAACCUGUUAGCGAUGGUGGUAGUGGCGACCAUGUUGUUAUCACAGUGUCACCAGAAAAUGGCAAUCCUCAAGGGCUUAUGAGAAGCCAACAAGUUGAAGUAUAA